CGCCGCCGGGAGGGGCAGCGCUCCGGGGAACCAGCCGCCAGAGGGAGCGUGUUGGCCCGGGCGAGGCUAGGCUGUGCGGGCGGCUGGUGAACGGGUCACGGUGCUGCAGGGAGCGGGGGGACCGGCCCCGCAAGGCUCAUUCCCUGUCGGUGUCUGUCCCUUAGGUCGGGCGAUGUAGCCCGCCCCGUCCCUGGAGCCGCUGCCUGAUAACGGGGCUGAAGGGAGCUGUGCUGGAGGCAGGGAGGGCUGUGAUUGGAGUUGAGAACGAGAUGAGCCAAUCAUGAAGGACUAUAAGAACAUGGUGUUUUUACAUCCAAAGUAAGCCAUAUAUAAUCUCCAUAUAUGACACCACAGGAUGGACGAGGUGGACUGGGAGUCCGAUAAUGACACUUGUGACACAGGUGAGGAGCAUUCAGAUGACUCCAGUCAUUCCUCUGAGCGGGUGGGUCGCAAAUCUAGCCUCCAGCUGGAGGUAGACUUAGACUACUCUCAACCAUGCAGUCCUGGUUGUAGCCCUGCUGGACCUUCAGGUAGGCAAGAACUCCCUGUAGAAUUGCAGUGUGAAGAUGAGGAAACCUAUGAGACCUACUACCAGAAGCGAGGCAAGACUACAGCUGGGGUUUUUGUCACCUCCAACACCAACUUUGACCUGCAAUGUGAAGAUGAGGAUCUGGAGUUCUACUCUUCUGAGGAACCUCAGGGAGGAUUAAGUGAGGAUGAUGAAAAGAUCAUUCUUGUUGAUGCUUUUGAUGAGGACCUCGAGUCCAUCACUGGAGAGGCUUUGUCUUAUAGGUGCAAGAAGUGUGGUGCCUCUUUCCAGGAUCUGGGUGAAUUACAAGAACACAAACAGAUCCAUCUGACAGAGCAUUCGUACCAAUGCCCCAUCUGCGGCAAAGAGUUCUUCCGUGCUGCGAACUUGCGAAUGCACAAGCUCAUUCAUUCAAGUGACAGACCACACAAGUGUCCAGAGUGUGACAAGGGGUUCAUCCGCACGGCUGAUGUCUGGAGGCACCUACGCAACGUGCACAAGAUUGAGCGCUCCAAGGUAGUUUUGGGAAAUGGCAUGGUUAGGAACCCAUGGUCAACAUUACAUCAAAACAAGCAUGGCAGUGGGGACACUAACCAGCAGUGUUCAGAAAAUCAAAAGCCUGGGGAAGAAGAGUCUAAACCUUACAUCUGUCCAAUGUGUGGCAAAGGUUUCCGUAAACCUAAUCUGCUGUCGAAACACAAGGUGAUCCAUCGACAGGACAAACCAUAUAAAUGUCAAGAAUGUGGUAUGGCCUUUGUCCAACUACUGAGGUUGAAAAGGCACCAACAGACUCACUCUGGAGAGCGCCCUUUUUAUUGUGAGGAGUGUGGAGGCACCUUCACACGACUGGCAUCACUACAGCGCCAUCAGCGGAUCCAUACUGGAGAAAAACCCUACUCUUGCGCUUACUGUGGUCAUUCCUUCACAGAGUCAGGCACUCUAAGGAGGCAUGAGCGCACACAUAAAGUGGACAAAUCUUAGUGUUUAGGGCUCUAUGAUUGUGGUCACUAUUUUUUGCCGGUUACUACUGUUCAGUUAUGCUAGAGAAACUGCU